GCCCAGGGCCACUUCCGCUGCUACUGCUGCAGCAAAGUUUUCCCUUUACACCGCAUGCUGACCCGUCACCUGAAGUGCCACAGCGUGGUAAAGAAACAUGUCUGCAGGUUCUGCGGUAAAGGCUUCAACGACACGUUUGAUCUGAAGAGGCACAUGCGAACACAUACAGGCAUUCGCCCGUACAAGUGUGACCUGUGUGAGAAGGCAUUCACACAGCGAUGUUCCUUGGAGUCUCACCUGAAGAAGAUUCACAGUGUACACCAGAAUUAUGCCUACAGGGAACGGCGUUCCAAGAUUUUUGUAUGCGAGGACUGUGGUUUUACAUCCAGUCAAGGGGACGCAUUCUUCCUGCACAUCAGGGACCAUCACCCUAGCAGCCCUUUACUACGCAAGUACCUGCGGAAGCAAAGUGCAUCGUUCCAGAACAGAUUAAGCAUGUUGCUCUUUCCGCAUUUUGUCUAG